CUCGUCGACCCCUCUUCUACUAAACCACAGCUACAAGCAUAUAUAACAUCAACACCUCUCAGCCACCUACAACGCAUUCUAGAACUUACCCAAGUCUACAACAGCGUUGCAGGUACCCAACCAUGCUAUCCCAAUUCCCUCCCCACUAACCACCCCCAGACCCAAAAUGUCCCACGAAGCAGCCCUCACAUCUUCCGCCGCGCAAGCCAUUGCUCCCGAUCUCUUCCCCCCACGCACCCCUCUCAGCACCUCCCAAAUCGAAGCCAGCAUAACCGCCUGUCUCACCGUACAGCGACGGGCGGUCACCCAAGGAAAACGACCCUUUGCCGCCGUGCUCCUGGGCCCCGACAACGAAACUGUACUCCUCACACACCAAAGCAUCGAUCAAGUAAAUCACGCCGAGAGCUCGCUGGCCAAACUCGCGUACUCGCAUUAUACGAAAGAGUAUUUGUGGAGAUGUACGUUGGUUAGUACGUGGGAACCUUGUGCUAUGUGUUCGGCGACGAUUUAUUGGGCGCAUAUUGGAAGAAUCGUAUAUGCGGCGACGAAUGAACAAUUGGCGGGUCUGACGGGCCCCGGCAAUCGAGAGAAUUUUACGUUGAAAUGGCACACGAGAGAUAUUUUGGAGGGGCAGCAGAAGGAUAUUGAGAUUAUUGGGCCGGUGGAGAAGAUGGAUUUGGUGGUUGUGGAGGAGAGUGAUAAAUAUUGGUGUACUACUAGAGCUCGUGCAUAAGUAAAAUUGGAUUACGGUUUUAUGAGCUGUGGAACAACAAUUGUUAUGUAU